UCGCUUUUUGUUAAUCAAAACAAAGAAACGUUCGUUCAUGUUAAAUGUUUUGUGUUUGAAGUGAAUUCUAGCCUGUAAUGGCAGCUCAUAGUAAAUGUGCUAUUCAUAAUGUUACUGAAAAUUCGUCAUGCAUUGCUAGAUAUAACCAAUCAAACUGCAAAACAGUCGGUCAAACAAUCGGCAGUUAUAAUCAACAACGAGAUCAUCAUCAGCUCCGGCAGCAUCUUGCAGCCUUUUGUGCAUCCUGAUGGCGAUGGCGACCGAAUUCUGCAUAGCCUGCAACAAUGCAAGCUAGUCGAUGUACAGGAUAACACCUGCGACGAGGGCAAACUGCUGCGUAAAUUAAAUUAUCUGGUGACCUUUGAUCGUCAGCGUCGUCCACUAACAGAUCGAAGUGCACAGCAAUCUGGUCAAGUGACCCACAUACUGACCCGCUAUACGGCGCAGCCUUUGUAUGUCUUUUGUGCGGCAGAAGUGUCUCGAAAUCUGCACAAGAUCUUGAUGAACGCCGACUCGGAUAGCCAAGAUGUCUUGCGCUCUAGUUUUCUGGUAUUGACCAUGAGAGCUCUAAAAGAGCGUGAAUCUUUUAAGCGUUUCCUGCAGCACAUCGCCAGUUAUUUGCGCUACCUCCAGCCAAUUCAUACUCUGGACGAUGUGCUGGUCAUGUGCUCGCCUUUUGGUUUGGAAAAUUUCUACAAAACCAUUAGCAUUGGCAAGGUGUCCAAUGUAAUGGGUAGCUCUCUAUUUGGCUUAUCCAACGCCUUGCCAUUGGGCUGUGAGGGCUCAGCGGUAUUUAAUAAUAAACUUCGGUUAAUUGGUGUUAUUAUAUGCACAUCAUUCCAACGGGAGCAAGAGAAUGUUAAUCUGACUUUGGCUGCCAAUUUUGGUUAUCUGUUGCGUGAUUUUAUGGAGCAAUUGGGCACGCCAAUCACUAUGUUUAAUAUGUCACGAGAGCCAUCCAAUUUUGCUUGGGAACGAACCAUAGCAGUCAUUGAAUCAUCUGGUCAACAAGGCACUGGCACAUUUAUAAAAGUGCAUAACAAACGCUUUAUUCUGACUUGUGCACAUGUCGUUGGACAGUGCUUGCAGCCCAACUCGAAAGUGCUUUGUCGAGCUAUUGAUCGGGAAUUUCAUUCUGAUGUUAUUUGGUGCAAUCCCGAUGAGAAUCGACCCUAUGAUUUAGCUCUGCUAACUGCUCCUGACGAUGUGCCUGAACGCCAUUGUGUUCGUUUGGCUCGAAAUCGUGCUAUUUUGGGACAAACCGUGUACAACGCUGGCUUUCCGUACUAUGUGAAUUUCAACUUUAAGUACGAUUUUAAUCCGUCCAUAUUCCAAGGUCGCAUUAUUAAGUGCGAUCACGGUGCAAUAAUGUCCGAUGGCAGUGUGCAGGCUGGUCAAAGCGGUGGCCCAAUGUUCGACCAGAAUGGUAACAUCCUUGGAGUUUGUGUGUCCAAUAUUAAGCAUGAGGAUGUCGUCUAUCCAAAUAUAAAUACUGCGAUUCCGACCUUUGAUAUCCGGCAAACUCUGCAGGAAUUUGCCAGGACUAGUGAUGUAAAAGUGUUAAGCAAUCUUGUUGCGAGCCAGGAUGUCCGACGAGUUUGGUCAUUAGAAAUGCCUCCCAUUCAAAGCAAGCUUUAAAAUAAUGCAUUCCACCAAAAAGGGUAUAUAUGUAUAUGUAUA